AUGGCGGAUGUUGUUGUGGUCGCCAAGGACUCCCACAUGGAAACAGAUGAAUUGUGGGCCUAUAGAAGGGCAGGUGAUAUCGUACUCGGAGGAUUUGUAUCCCUUCUGUUUUUUGAACGGCCUGCACCCAACUUUACAGAAACGCCGCCUUCCUCCAAACUCAGUGGCCCGCUGCUUAAAAAUUACCAGCACGUACUGGCUUUUGUGUUUGCUGUUGAUGAAAUUAACAAGAAUCCCAAGAUGUUACCCAACAUGACGCUGCAAUCUGAGAUCUAUGACAACAGUUUUGACCCUAUUACAACGGAUAGAAAUAUUCUCGAUCUACUCUUCUCUCAGCCAAGGACAGUUCACAAUUUCAACUGGGUCAGGAAAGGAAAGGUACUAGCUGCCAUUGGUGGUCUCACCUCCCAAAACUCUGUCCAGAUGUCCAACAUCUUAAAUGUCCUCAAGAUUCCCCAGAACAACAUUUGCAUUGCCUUUCAGGAGAAAACGCCUAACCUGGCUUUGCCAUCCAAGUACACUGAAGAAUUUUAUAAUGCUGAUCAUUGCAGCAAUUGUCCAGAACACCAGCACCCAAACAAGAACAAAGAUCAAUGCAUCCCCAAAGAUAUGAGUUAUUUGUCCUACGAAGAGCCCUUGGGAAUCAUUUUCAGUUUCUCUGCUCUGUUUCUUUUUACAAUAACAGUUUUGAUUAUGGGGACCUUCAUUCAGAAUCGCAACACUCCCAUUGUUAAAGCCAACAACUGGAGUAUCACGUGUGCCCUGCUGUCUUCUCUGCUGCUUUGCUUUCUGUGCUCCUUCCUCUUUAUUGGCCGACCAGGGAAGAUGACCUGUUUUCUGCGGCAAACGAUAUUUGGUAUCAUAUUUUCUGUGGCUGUCUCUUCUGUCUUAGCCAAAACCAUCACUGUGGUUGUGGCUUUCAUGGCCACCAAGCCAGGAAACAGGAUGAGGAAAUGGGUAGGGAAGAGGAUAGCAGUGUCAGUCCUAUUUCUCUGUUCUCUUAUUCAAUUGGGGAUCUGUACUUUGUGGCUGGCAACCUCUCCCCCCUUCCCAGAGCUUGACAUGCACUCCCAGAUCAAUCAGAUCAUAGCACAAUGCAAUGAAGGCUCAGACUUCAUGUUCUACAUUGUCUUAGGCUACAUGGGCUUUCUCGCUAUUGUCAGUUUCACUGUGGCUUUCCUAGCAAGGAGGUUGCCUGAUACUUUUAAUGAGGCCAAGCUGAUCACCUUCAGCAUGUUGGUAUUCUGCAGUGUUUGGGUUUCCUUUCUUCCAACCUACCUGAGCACCAAGGGGAAGUACAUGGUGGCCGUGGAGAUUUUCUCUAUCCUGGCCUCUAGUACUGGAUUGUUGAGUUGUAUCUUCCUCCCCAAAUGCUACAUUAUCUUAGUGAGACCCCAACUGAACAUCAGAGGCCCUGUUCAUACGAGGCGUAUUCCACUAUCCAUACAGAAGAGGACUUGA